CCCAUCUGGGUAUCCCGGCUGAGCUUUCAUUCAACCUUUAGGUAAGAUCCGGGACCAGCCGCUUCAUUUGUGGGCAGUAUAUGUGUCGUGACUACAACCUACCUAUCCAAUCCGCCUCUAUAGAGAUACGGGAGCCGAGUAAAAGCUCCAACAGAGUUGACUGAGGACCGACCAGAAAAGACAAUCACUCUUCCGGAAGGACUCUUACUGUGAGGAUUACAGAGAGACAAUACACUGCUCCUCACCUACCUAUAUACUUCUACUAUUCACCACCCCUUUUGACGGAUUCGGGUCAUUCCCGUGUUUAUUGUAUAUACAGGACAGCUUCUCGCUCGUAUCCACCCCUCUCCCUUUCACCAUGGGGCCCCAGCCACGGAAACCGUCCUCCGCAACCAGCGGUUUCUUCCAGACCCUGCCGGUAGUGCCGCCUCAAUAUACACAGUCUUCGCCUUCAUCCACAAGAAGUCUUCAAGAGCAUCAGGACCGCAAUCACCAUCACAACCACGAUCACGUUGACGACGAUGGCCCCUCGGACGACAUCAUUCUCGACCGCAUUCUGGCAAUCUACCUACCAACCCCAAUUCCCCACGAGAUCUCACAGCCCCUGCACGACUUUGCACGACAGGUCCUGCAUCCCUCGACGCUCGCACACACGGUGGACUGCGAGACGAACCUACCGACAAUCCACCCACUCACCACAUUCGGAGAAGAAAACAGAACCAACCCUCUCCGGACGAGCGAAGGCUGGCGAGCCCUGAAGCAAAUCCAGACACGGGCCGGGGUAGUCGGGUACGGCUAUCCGCACCUAGCGAUCCGACAGAACUUCAACCGACGGGUUCACCAGUUCGCCACACUGCACCUAUGGCACGGGUCGUGUGCAAUGGUGACGUGUCCGAUGGCCAUGACGGACGGGGCGGCAGUGUUGUUGCGCAAGCACUUGGGCGAUCCGGACGAUGACCAACCGGGCCGGGCAGAAGUGUUCCUCGAGUCGUACAAGAGACUGGUAUCCCUAGACCCGAGCUACGCGUGGACCAGCGGGCAAUGGAUGACGGAGCGGACGGGGGGCAGCGACGUGCGCGAAACAGAAACGGUGGCUCGACGCAUGACGGAACAAGAACUUCGAGAUGACAGACUGAAAAAUCGAGAUAGGGACGCCCACGGCCUCCCACUGGGCCCGUGGCUCGUUGACGGGUUCAAAUGGUUCUCGUCGGCGACCGAUGCCGACAUGGCGAUUCUUCUUGCGCAGACUGACAACGGAUUGAGUGCAUUUUAUGCGCCCUUGCGCCGACGCCUCGGUGGUAACCCAUCGUCAUCACGUGCAACGACAGAACAUCUCGAUGCCACCGAAAUGAACGGCGUCCGCAUGCAACGGUUGAAAAACAAACUCGGCACAAAAGGCUUGCCCACCGCCGAACUGGAAAUCAAACAAAUGCGCGCGUUUCUCAUCGGCAAGCAGGGCCAGGGCGUCAAGGAAAUCAGUGCCAUCCUCAACAUCACAAGACUCUACACUGCCACCGCGGGUGCCGGAUACCUGGCGCGCGGACUGGCCGUGAGUCGCGCAUACACCCAUGUGCGCAAGGUCCGCGCGGGUCAGUUGCUGCGUGACAACGCGCAGCAUCUGGCCUGGAUGGCCGGCGAGUCUGUCAAAUACCGUGCUCACAUGCAUUUGGUCUUUUUGGGCGUCGCCCUGCUGGGGGCCAGCGAGCAAGGGUAUGAGGCGGUGGCAAACAACAACACUCGUGCGGCCGGUCUGAUCCCGCGUGACAAAAUGGCUAUUGAUAUGCUCCUCCGCAUCUUGACACCUGUCAUGAAAGCGCAGGUAACAUUGAACAGUGUGUCCGGUCUUCGGGCCUGCAUGGAGUCGCUGGGUGGUGUUGGAUACUGUGAGAACAAUGAAGACGGAGGCGUGCUCAAUAUCGCCCGACUCUUCCGCGACAGCGUGGUCGGGACCAUCUGGGAGGGCACUACUAGUGUCAUGGCCGAGGAUGUCUUGAGAGUCAUCAAGAAUCCAAAGACAAAAACUGAUAUCAUCGAUACCAUCUUCGGAACGUGGACCCGCGCCGUGCUAAAAGUUGUCGGUCCCAAAUCCUCGAGAGAGGCCGCCAUCGUGCUCAGCCGUUAUGAGACCCUCAAGAAAAUGGUUGAUCAGCUGACCGCCGACCAGCUCCACCGUCGCGGCAGGGACAUCCUUGAGCAUAUCGAGGCCAUUGCAUGCGCCUGUCUGCUGAUGUACGAUGCGUUGGUGGAUGGAGAUGUUGUCGCCACUGAAGUCGCCGUAAGGUGGGUCAACAUGAUUGCAUUGUCUUCGGAUAAUGAACACGGCCUGGAGAAUAAUUCUAGGGGCUUGGGCGAAGAAGUCAGCCUUGACAGAAGGAUCUUCCUGGGUUUUCACGCUGGUGGUUCGGUGACUGCAAAGUCGAAACUUUAAUUCUGAUGAAUAACAAUAUAUACCGCUCCUUGUGUAGUCCAGAAAUGUCGUGCCGAAUGAUCAUGUAAGUCCGAUCAAAAGGCGUUGUUUUCUUUUCCGCCGUCAAGUAUAAACUUCACAUACUCUGCCUACGAAGCCGGCGAGUCCCGAUGUGUGGGACACAGCCGGCCCUGACACUGGCCCAGGUGCAACAACCGU